GAAAGGGUCAUCGUCCCAUCUUUCACAGCAGCAACACCACAAAUCAUCAGUUCCGUAACCUCGCAGACAAAAAAAAAAGAAUUCUUUCUUUCACAAGGCCUAUUGUCCCAGCCACAGGGAAAGGAGUCGGUUGCGAUUAGUUGUUGAUCACAAGCCAUGAGCUCUCGCAUGGCCGGGGCAGCGCUCCUGCGCCACCUGGGCCCGCGCCUGUUCGCCGCCGAGCCGGCCGUGUCCGGGCUCGCCGCGAGGGGCGCCAUACCCGCGGCCGCGAGGAUCCUCCCCGCGCGGAUGGCCAGCACAGCCGCGGAGGCCGCCAGCGCGAAACAGCACGGCAGCGCAGGCGGCGGCACCGAGAAGCAGGAGGAGGCAGCCGGCGGGCAGAGCAAGAAGGCCAUCGUCAGCUACUGGGGCAUCGAGCCGCCGAAGCUCGUCAAGGCGGACGGCACGGAGUGGAGGUGGCCCUGCUUCAGGCCUUGGGACACGUACACGUCGGACACGUCGAUCGACGUGAAGAAGCACCACGAGCCGACGACGCUGCCGGACAAGGCGGCGUACCUGCUGGUCAAGUCGCUGCGGGUUCCCAUGGACCUCUUCUUCCAGCGCCGGCACGCCAGCCACGCGCUGCUGCUGGAGACGGUGGCCGCCGUGCCGGGCAUGGUUGGCGGCAUGCUCCUCCACCUGCGCUCCCUCCGCCGCUUCGAGCACAGCGGCGGCUGGAUCCGGGCGCUGCUGGAGGAGGCGGAGAACGAGCGGAUGCACCUCAUGACGUUCCUCGAGGUGACGCAGCCGCGCUGGUGGGAGCGCGCGCUCGUGCUCACCGCGCAGGGCGCCUUCUUCAACGCCUACUUCGUCGGCUACCUCCUCUCCCCCAAGUUCGCGCACCGCGUCGUCGGCUACCUCGAGGAGGAGGCCGUGCACUCGUACACCGAGUACCUCAAGGACCUGGAGGCCGGCGUCAUCGACAACACGCCGGCGCCGGCCAUCGCCAUCGACUACUGGCGCCUCCCCGCCGACGCCAAGCUCAAGGACGUCGUCACCGUCGUGCGCGCCGACGAGGCGCACCACCGCGACGUCAACCACUUCGCAUCGGACAUCCAUUACCAGGGGAUGAAGCUCAAGGACACGCCCGCGCCGCUCGGAUAUCACUAAUGUGUUGAUGCGAACUGCUCAGUUCAGCAUUUUUACCCAUUAUUACGCUCUAUCGUUCAACAUAAUGUUUUGUGCUAGCCGAAGUUGCUUAAUUAGCAGACAGGACUGGUUUUUGCUACUUGUAUGCGAACCAGUUGGCUAUGUACGUAGGUUGUACUUUGUACAUAUUAUCAAAUCUAUUUGUAAUAAAAAAAAAUACAGGAAUACAGUACGCUGUGCAAAAA